AUGUCAUCGCAAAACCAACCUGAUGUCAGCACCUUGUUGCACAACAUGCGUGCACAGGUCUUGGCAUUGACCACACAGCUCGUGGAGCUUCAGGCAAACCCCCCUGAACAUGUCGAGCGAAAAUAUGACAAGAAAGUCGAGAUUGUGAACUGGGACAUGUUCGCCGACAAUUUUGAGAUAGCAACAGCAGUGCUAUCUAGACUAAAAGGACCUGUGGCAGGUCAAUACACCCAAGUUAGACUCCAGGAGUGCUAUACCGCUGGUCACUGGCCCACUUGGGACGAAUUAAAAAUUGAAAUUGAAAAAUAUUUCAAACCUCAGGCUGAGCGCAACUGGGCGCGCCAGCAAAUCCAUUCCUUCAAACAAGGGAAUAUGAGGAUGGAUGAUUUCAUUACCCAGUUCCUGGCUCUCUCUAUUCAAGGGGGCUUAGGAAAUGAACAUGCGGUGGAGCUGUUGGAGCGCAACAUAGCACAGGCUAUUGCACGACAGCUCUACAUACAAGAUAUGCGGAGCGAGAACCUUGCAGCAGCUGCUGAGGAGGUUCAGAAAAUUGGUAGGGCCAUAGAGCUCUACAACAUGCAAUUUGGUGGCGGGUCCACCACCAAAAACAACUUUUCCCAGAGGAGCCCUGGGUCAUCAAACCAAAAUAAACAACAUUCUCACGGGUUCAAGCUGUUCGGGCUGCAGCCAGGACAGGGUGCUUCUAUGGAUAUCGGCGAGGUCCAAGGCGGACAGAUGCGCAGAUUCAAGGGCAACUGUUACAACUGUGGCCAAGAGGGACACAUGUCCCAAGAUUGCAGAAACGGGGCGCGCCAAUUAGAAACUGAAAAGCCGGACAAUCAGCUCAAUACUCUGGCCGGUCGUUCAUACAACGAAAUCCGGGCCUUCUUCUACAAUCAGCAGGCUGCUGAAAUGAAGGCUCAGGGAAAAGAGUUCAGAGCUUAG